AAGGCUUGAUUUACAUAAGUCCAAAGGCUUAGGACAUGCUAGAGUCGCUAGACUCAUGGUUUAAUAUUAGUACGUCUAAAGCGAAAAACUAAAGACAUGGCAGUAGUUGGAAUUAUUCGCUUUGUGCUGUUGUUAUCAGCUUUAUUUGUGGUUAGUUGUAGAGCCCUCACUCCACACAUGUUCAGGGCUUCUAAACUUUAUCUGGAKGAGCUGAAUCAUCUACGUCUGGCCGCUACAAAAAACGAUACACUUUCUCCGCAUUGUAACCGUUCGCUUAUUGAAUUGGAAAAUAUCACAAACAUUGCCUUGCAGUUGCGAUAUCUUGAUGCUCUCGGCAAACCAGGUGCUGGCAUAAUGGUCGGGCAUUCAGCAUGGUUAGGUUCGUAUAGUGAGUGUACAAGUAUCCCUGGUGCAGCGUACUGUCUGGCUGGUAUUGGACCUGUUACUAACAAGUCUCUUCCCCCAAGUCAAAAUAAUCCAUUUGGAAGUGGUUUUAAGGUAGGACUGUGUGUUCCAAAAGAAUGUACUGAGACUGAUAUAGCUGUUGGUCUAAAGGAUAUUAUUAAAGCUUUUGGCCUGAAGUCUAUCAUUCAUUUAAUUCCUGAUGCACUUGGUGAAGGAAUGGUACCAAGUACCAAAACAGUUCACUGUGCAAAGAAAUCUGAAUUCACUGAUGGUGUCGUUCUUACCAUUACAUUCUGUAGUGUCAUACUGGCAUUCUGUCUCUGUGGGACUCUCAUUGAGCUUAUAUCAGGAACUGGUCAAACCAAAUCCUCUGCUAGUCAUGUGAACAAGAAUGAUGGCUUCAUGCCAGUCACCAGCAACAAUGCUGCUGUUGCUGAAGAAUCAGAACCAUUUAUUGUCAGAAAGGAUGAGGGACAAAACUUUGGUACGCCCCACUAUUCUGCUAACGAAUCAAGUCCUCUAAUACUGGUUAACCAAAAUAAGAAAAGUUUCAUCAUUGAGUUUUUCCUGUGUUUUUCAUUGAUUCAAAACACUAAUCGCAUACUGGACACUAAAGUACCUUCAAGUGCCAUCACAUCCAUCAAUGGGAUGAGGGUUCUCAGUAUGUUCUGGGUCAUACUAGGCCAUACCUUUCUCUGGCAACUAAUUGGUGGAGCAGUUGAGAACAUUGGACUGGAAUUAUCAGUUAUUCAGCGAUUCAGUUUCCAGGGAAUUCUUAAUGCUACUUACUCUGUCGAUUCCUUUUUCUUUCUAAGUGGUCUGUUAGUUGCCUAUCUGUCAUUUCGUCACAUGGAAAAAAGUAAAGGGAAGUUGAAUUUAUUUCAGUUUUAUUUUCAUCGAUUUUGGAGGUUGACACCAGCCUACAUGUUUGUCAUCCUGUUCUUUGACCAACUUCUUGGGUUUCUGGGAGAAGGGCCCCUGUGGUAUCAGUUACAGGCUAAUCAGCCCUGCGAUAAAUACUGGUGGACCAACCUCUUAUAUAUCAACAACUUUUACCCCACGGAGAUGGCGCAGAUGUGCAUGAGUUGGUCAUGGUACUUGGCUAAUGACAUGCAAUUCUAUGUCAUCAGCCCUGUCAUACUGGUUUUAGCAUACAGGUAUGGUAAGAAAGGAUUGAUUGUCAGUGUUGGCAGUCUUCUAUUGGGUAAUUUCAUCUCCACGGCAGUCAUUAUUGGCUAUUACGAGUUUCAGAGUGGCAGUAUUAUUGGAAAUGCACAAAAUCAAGCGCAGUUCCAAAACUACGUGUAUAUUAAGCCGUAUUGCCGUAUUGCACCCUACCUGGUCGGCAUAGCUCUUGGGUACAUCUUCCACAUCAUCAAAGACGAAUCACCGAGGCCUUCUCAACGUUGGUGGUUUCUGAUACUUGGAUGGUGUGCUGCUAUAGUCAUGGCCUUGGCACCCGUGUAUGGUACAUACAAGACUGUCAGGAAAGACAACCCUGAACCCCUCACCAAGACUGAGAACAUCAUGUACGGGACCUUUACAAGGUUCUCAUGGGGCCUGGCACUAGCCUGGGUGGUGUACGUCUGUCAUAUUGGUUAUGGAGGCCUUGUUAACAAACUGUUGUCAGCUCGUUUCUGGAUUCCAUUGAGUCGUCUAACGUACAGUGUGUAUCUUGUUCACCCUAUCGUCUUGUCUGCCUACUUCGGCAGCACUCAGACUACCAUGUAUUACUCUGACGUUAACAUAUCCUGGCAUUUCAUUGCUACUACUGCUGUUUCUUACGUCGUUGGCUUCAUGGUGUCUGUCACGCUCGAAAUUCCCAUGAUGCAGCUCGAGAAACUCAUCUUCAAAACAGAUCGCAAGCGUUGAUUUGUAAUAGACCCGUUUCGAAUUCCAAAUUACCGCUGUGUUCCUUCCAAUCCGAAACGGGUCUAUUGGUUUGUUUACACCAAAUUCUAUAAUYGUUGUCGGGUUGAAAAUGUUUAAAGCAUUGGAUCUAAGACCGAGGGGCAUUAUGGGUAGUCGAUAUCCUGUGAUGGUUUGCACACAGACACAUUUCUGAAGAGUGACAAAAUGCUUUAUUCGGUAAUUAACUUGAAUUUAUGUUGAGUAGCUGCAUAAAUUUCAAUAUGCAUGGUAAUCUUCGUUAAGGAGCUCCCUAUUUCUUGGAGAGAAUAAUAACAAAAAAAUGAUAUUCAUAAUAUUAGGCUCAUCAACUGUUUACCCAAAACAACCUUCGUUAUUAGCUACUACGCUUAGACGGCUUUAUGAACCAGACAACGAUGUUUGAAUCUGGUGUACAAAGAAACCUCUUACUUGAAGCACAUCGGAGGCAGCAUGGAGGCAGCAUACAACCACAUCGGUGUAUUCUAAGGUUCCAUUCCUCAAGCAUCUCUUUUAAAUAAGCUAUAUAUAAAUGUUAUCCAACCCAACAACCUUUAGACUGCUUUUAAGAUUUGUUACCAAAAAAAGAAGUGAUUUUUAUUGAUUCAUGCACGUUUUAGUAUGAUUAGCAUCGUUUUUAAAUAGUAAUAGUUGACUUGAUUGUAAUUCUUAGGUAUUUUUAGUAGCUUACGUAUAGUAGAAAAUAGGUUAGAUUGCUGGAAUAUAAAUUAUUCUAAAUUAAACGAAAUUUUAUAAAUUUAGUAGCUUAGUUAUACCUAAUAUAAGAUGGUCUAUUAAUUGUGACAUAAAUGAUUCUCAAUUAAAAAUGAACGACCACCGUAUU